GCUGGUUUCAGGGAAAAAAAAAUUUGCGAAGGUGUAAAAGCGUACGUAUAAUUUGGCUUGAGAGCGGUAAGGUAGGAGAGUUCACGUUUCGUUACUUAUUCAGGUUAAUAUUAUGUAUUUAAACUAUACUUUCUGUGAGUUUAUUGUCUCUUUUAAAGUACUUUCCCAGAGAAAGGAAAGGUUCACUUCUGGCCAACACCACUCAGUGCUACCUGCUAACUUGUUUAUUAUGGCGCGCGCUGCAUGAUGACUGGCUGUGCUUUGCUCUCUCUGCUAACGGGUUGUAGGCUGCAUUGCUGAAUUCCAGGAGCACAAAGGCUGUUCCCACUUACUUCAGCAAUAAAAUGUCUCUGUGUUAAUUAAUGGCCAGGUUAAACUGCAUUUCUGAUGUCCUCUAGUGGUGGUUCUCCUGGCCGCUUUGGGCGUGCCCAAAAUGCACCUCACUAUAACGAUGUGCCUCCAGGCUCGUUACAGAGGAGUAACGACCUCUAUAGUUUGCAACAUCAGAGAUCAUCGGAUUUGGCGCUGAGCUUGGACCCUCUGCCUCCUCCUCCUCUCCCUGACGAGCCUCCGAUUGGACCAGAGUUUGACCCUAGUGACACUGAAAACUGCGAUAAUCCAUCUGUUGACAUCAAACCUGUCCACCGCUUCAUUCCUGACUCGUGGAAGAACUUCUUUCGAGGGAGCAACAGAAGCAGCAAUAGCUCAGUGCCUGUAUCCAGUAAUUUGAACACCACCACAAAGGGCAUUAGGUGCUCUCCUCCUCAUUCGCCCUCAGCCUCAGGGUCAUAUAACGAUAAGUUUGGGGGCUCUGGAGGCAGCUAUCAUUCCCGCAUAGAGCAUGAAGCUAUGCUAGGAGAACAUCCAGAGUCGAUGGAUGGUCGCACUGCACACACCACUGCAUACACUGCUCUGACCUACAGUGAAAGAGUUGAGGAAUACCACCAGCGUUAUGCCUACAUGAAGUCCUGGCCAGGGCUGCUAAGAAUUCUUGGUUGCAUUGAGUUGCUCUUAGGGGCAGCCGUUUUUGCUUGUGUCUGUGCAUACAUUCACAAAGACAAUGAGUGGUAUAAUUUGUUUGGUUACUCUCAGCCUCAAAUGUAUGGUGGAUAUGGUGGUGUGUACGGCAUGUAUGGGGACACUUAUUACACAGGACCCAAGACACCUUUUGUCCUUGUUGUGGCGGGCCUGGCAUGGAUAGUGACUGUGAUAAUACUCGUGAUGGGCAUGACCAUGUACUACCGUGCUAUCCUUUUAGACUCAAACUGGUGGCCUCUUACAGAAUUUGCAAUCAACCUGGUUCUUGCUAUACUUUACAUGGCUGCUGGUAUUGUCUAUGUAAGAGACACAACACGAGGUGGACUGUGCUAUUACCCCGUUUUUAACAAUGGCAUUAAUGCAGCUUUCUGUCGCACUGAAGCUGGGCAAACAGCAGCUAUCAUUUUUCUCUUUGUGAGUAUGCUGGUGUACCUGAUAGGAGCUAUUGUGUGCCUGAAACUAUGGAGACACGAAGCUGCACGCCGCUACAGAGAGAAGUACGGCCAUGAGAUGCAGACAGAAUUACCUGUGGCUCGGCCUGUGGCUGGACUGAGGAUCCCAGAGCCUGUCCCCAUCUCUUCUGCUGCACCAGUUCACACAGAUGCUCCUGCACCUUCCAAGGCAAAAGUGGUUAAAGGACAUAUUCCACCUGGACACAUUCCCAAACCUGUGAUUGUGCCUGACUACCUAUCUAAAUACCCAGCAAUUCGAACUGAUGAGGAGCGGGACCAGUACAAAGCUGUCUUUAAUGACCAGUACUCUGAGUAUAAAGAGCUGCAUGCAGAGGUUCAUGCAGCACUGAAAAAGUUCGAUGAGAUGGAUAGCAUGAUGCGGAGUCUGCCUCGAAACCUGUCCAGCCAGGAGGAGUCCGACCGCAUAAACCGGAUCCUUCAGGUAUAUCAGCAAAAGAAAAAUGAUCCUUCAUUUCUUGAGAAAAAAGAAAGAUGUGAAUACCUCAAAAACAAACUCUCUCACAUCAAGCAUCGCAUUCAAGAAUACGAUAAGGUCAUGGCAUGGAAUGAUGCAAUGUCUUCCAAGCCGAAUGGGAGUCCACCUCCCUAUGAGUCUGAACAUGAAUACGAUAUGGUGCCACAACCUGCAUACUCCUAUUAUGCAGAUGAUGAAAUCCAACACUUCUAUCGCUGGAACUCGCCGCCAGGUAUCAUCAAAAUCAUGACGGUCAUCUGCAUCUUCCUGUGUGUUGGUGUUUUUGCAUGUGUGGCAUCCACUUUAGCCUGGGACACCUCUGGAAGUGUGACAGGCUUUUCUGGCAGCUACGGCGCAGGCUAUGGUGCAGGCUACGGUGGAAACUAUGCUGGAGGCUACGGUGGAGGCACUUCCUUUGGUGGAGGUUUUGGUGGUGGACCCUUCGCCUACGGCAUUCUGGGUUCACAAAACGAUCCGAGACAAGCAAAGGCAUUUAUGAUCACAAUGGCCAUCGUUACCUUCGCAACUCUGAUGGCGAUCUUUAUCAUUAUAAUCUCCCAUCAGCAUUGGGCACAAAGCAGGAAGUUCUACCUGAUUGUCAUCAUCAUUACAGCCAUCCUGGCUCUGUUAAUGCUCGUGGCCACUAUAGUUUACUUGGUUGGGGUAAACCCCAUGGCACAAACCUCAGGCUCAGUGAACUAUUACCAGGUACAGUCCCUCUGUGCCCAGUACCAGGGCCCUCAGCCUACAGAACUCAUGAUCAACCAGUACCUGUAUCACUACUGUGUCGUGGAUCCACAGGAGGCAGUCGCCAUUGUUUUUGGCUUCCUGAUCCUCGUUUGUCUUAUUAUCAUCAUGGUUUUUGCCAUCAAGACCCGCAAGAAGAUUAACGCUUAUGGGAAAGGGAAUAUCCUGUGGCGUAGAGAGAAACCUGUCGAAGAUCCUAACUCUCCUCAAGAUGUAGAGGAUUGGGUAAAUAAUGUUUCCGGUGAUCCAGAUCUUGUAAAUAGUGAGUUUCCUGAAAAGUUUGGAGGUUCGAGGGAGCACUUGGAUGACAACAGUACAAACUAUGACAGACCUCCUGACAGUAACAGCUUUUUGGGUGUGGAGCGCAAUGUUCCAGUACAGAAUUCAGUUCCCUACUACAGCAGUUCAGACAUGGGCAGCUCAGCAAGCAAGCCUAAGCACAAACGCGCAGGACGCCCCCGCCGUACUGACGGUAAAGACUACGACACGGACUAUGCAUCAUCUGGAGACGAACUUGAUGACGAAGACUUCUCCGGUGAGUUUCCCCCCAUUGCUGAUGAUCACGAAAGGGAGAAUUAUAAGCGUGAGUUUGACAGAGAUCACCAAGAGUAUAAGGGUCUGCAGGCCGAGCUGGAUGAAGUUAACAAGCGGCUAGCUGAGGUUGACCGCGAGCUUGACGAGCUUCAGGAGGGGACUCCGCAGUACCUGGAUACCAUGGACGAGUACAAUGCACUGAAGGAAAAAAAGCGGAGCGGUGACUACCGGAUGAAGAAGAAGAGAUGCAAGGACCUGAAGGCGAAGUUGAGCCACAUCAAGAGAAUGGUCAGUGAUUAUGACAGUAGAAGAUAAAAGCUUUUAGAGACUCUGGAAUGCCAGACUAGACUUCCUACUGAAUCCAUCUGAUGUCUGGUGUCGAAGUAUGGGAGUCGAUCUCUGUUACUGGAUAGCACACAAUUCAAGAGGAUUUAUGCAUUUUUACAUAAGCUUUUAUAUAUAUAUUUUUUUUUUGACCUGGAUUCUGUGAUAAACUCAGCUGUAUAAGUGUAGCUCUGUGUCAUGGUGAAGAAUUUUAAAGAGCCAUCAGCAUUUUUACCUGUUGGCAUAACCUGUACCAACCUCUUCUUUUAACUUAUUUAUACUUAAUGACCUUUCUGUUUGUUUUUGGGUGAAAAUGGCAACUUUUUUUUUAAACUUGGUUGGUCAUUGGGGACUCAGGUUUGCGUAUUCUGUUUUAAGUGUUGUAAUUUCAUAAUGUUGCAUGUAUUGCUUUUUAAACUUGUUUGUAUCUGUAAAUGUAUAGAUUUUACUUAUUUUUAUUAGAUAAAUAAACAU